GUUGUUCCCUCAAGCACUGCUUUGAGGGGAGGAGGGUCUGAACAAGUGGCUCCAGCUCCACAGCCAGGCCCUGGGAAUAAAAGAGGUCAAGAAAAGGCAGAGCGUGUGGAGAAGAGCCCGUUCACCAGAGAGAAGGAACCGCCAUCUGGUAAGAAUUUAAUGACAGUAGUGAGGGGGUACACAGGGUAUAAGGUUGGUCUUGAGUAAGUAAGUCAACUUGGAAUUCAUUUGCUGGAAAUGCACUAUUGAGGCCCUUUGCUCCACUUGACUUUGAGUGAGAGAAAUGACAGUGACUGUAAUAGACCGCUCUCUCUGAUCCUCCUCCAGGUACCUUAGGAAGCAGUGGCUCUAGAUCAAACCCCUACAAUGUGGUGAUGGUUGGAAACAGCAGUGUGGGCAAAACCUCCUUCAUGAAGCGCUUCCAAAGUGGCGAGUUCUGUAACGACCACUAUGCUACCAUUGGUGAGUAUCAUUAUCCUAUUUGUAUGUUUGGCACCAUGCCCUUUCAUGUCGUGUGAAGAAACAAACACCAUGGUACAGUUUUACUGUACAUUACUGUGCUGCUCAUUCAUGUUUUUUUGUUUAUGUUCUGAGCAGGUAUUGAUACCUGUAUACAGCCUGUGACAGUGGAUGGCAGCCCAGUGACUUUACAGUUAUGGGAUACUGCAGGUCAAGAAAGGUGCGUCUCUAGCCCUAAAUUCAUCACAGUUGGUCAUUGUACAUCAUGCAUCGAUACAGAAUCUGUUCCUCUGUCCUUAUUUGAACCCAUCAUGUGUGUUUUAUUUGUCAGUAUAUAAUUACAUUCAUGUUAGACUAUUGUAACAUUAUUCUUUACUGUCUUCCCCAGGUAUCACAGUAUCACCAGGCAGGUGUUCCACAGAGCCCAGGGUCUAGUGCUGAUGUAUGACAUCACUUCCUCUCAGAGCUUCUGUGACGUCCGCUACUGGGUCAACUGCAUUCAGGUAGGGGGCAUUUAAAUCAUGCCUUUCAUUUUAUAACCAAAGAACUAUGUAACAACACAAACAAUUGUUUGCAGGAUUCACAGUUUUUCCAUUGCUAUCUAUUGUACAGUCAGAAACUUUGUAUUUUGUAGGAGGGGGCCCCAGAUGAUGUCAUCAUUAUACUCCUUGGGAACAAGGCUGAUUGUGCUAAUCUAGAACGAGAGGUUCAGACUCAUGAAGGGGAAAACCUGGCAAAGGUAUGUUGACGUUACUGUAACUUUAACAGCCUGAAUGUGGGUAACUGGGCUGUAGGAUUAACUUGUGGUAAGGGUUGUGUUCAAAAUGAGGGUUUUACAGUUUUAUAGCUGGUUCUGAAAUGGAGGUGUGUACCAAAGCAGGAUUCAAAUAAUUCAUUAUAAAUACAAUGCUAUUAUUGAUGACAUUCUUACAGGGGUAUGGCAUGCUCUUUAUGGAGUGUAGUGCUGCAACAGGUGACAAUGUGACUCUGUCUAUGGAAACGCUGGCAAGGUAAGACAUGCAGGCACGUCUUUAAUGUACAAGCUGUUGUUAGUGUUAUGUGUAGUGUGGAUUUGUCUGUUGUCAUCUUCUGCAUGUGGAAAAUGACUGUCUGUGAAUAGUCAAACAUUGAGUUGGUGUGUUGUUGCUUCAAGGAUGCUAAAGCAGUUGGGAGAGGAGACGCGACAAGAAGAGGGAAGCUUGGUGUUGCAGAAAGAACCCCCAAAGAAGAAAUUGGGCUGCUGCUGA